GAAAGAUUCCUGUAUUAUCGAUGCAGCUUAGAAUUGUUAUAAGCCGGAAGAUGGGUCGUGCUUGUAACGCGAGUACAUUGUAGAAUCGGAAAAUAUUACUCAAUUUGGCUUUAUUGUUUCUCAACGACGUGAGUUACGACGACGAGUCUCGUCAUUUUACUUUUUAACAUUGCUUCGCGGCAGCUUCGUGCUGAUAAAGCGAGGAAACUUGAUAAGGUACGAUGAGGCUCACGCGGAUAUUGUACAAGCAGAAUAUAGGUAGGCAGAUUAAAAGCGUGUGGUACGUAAAGCGAGAGCGCAAAGUGAAGGACAACAAGACGGAGCAAUACCUGUCGACGCUGGGGAUUCCGGUGAAAGACGCCGCAGAAGUGGUCGAUCAGAAGCAGGAGCUUCCAAAGCUGCAGCUGGAGUUUCUGAAGCCAAGGCAGAUAGCGUUUGACGAAACGCAUCCCGACUGGAAAGCUCGGGCUUGCCUGGUGUUUAAGGAUCAUAAUGUUCUGCAGGAAGGAUUUUGCCAAGCGCAGGUGUUGACGAACACCGUGUGUCUGCCCGACGGUUCCUUGAAUUAUAUCCAAGAUUCGUUGCCGGAUCUGCCGGAGCAUGUGGACGACAUAGUGAAAAGGAUAGUUUAUAGUUCGAACAUAUUUGACGCUCAUCAAGAGCAGUUACCAAAGAGGAAGGAUCCUAAGAGACCUGCGUGGGUGUUUCCCAGAGAAUAUGGCAUAACCAACAAUAGAAAAAUGCGAAACCUGUCUAGGAAACUUUUACAACUCUGCGAGACAUUGUCGGGUCCAGAUAUCGCGCAGAAGCGAUGCAUUUUGUGUGACGGGAUAACAAAGUUGAGCUUAGAUAAAGAAUCGGACCUCUUCCAAUUUACCCUAAGAUCGGACGUGACGGUCACGUCGGCAGAUCCUUUGAAACCAAUAGGAAGUUCCAACAGCGCCAUGGAAAUAGAUCUCCCGAAUAUACAUCCAUUGCAUUACACCAUCGGUCUGGACAAGACAAACGUCUACAGAAUUGAGGACAUGUAUCCUGUCAGCUCAACAUUGCCCUGGAUAAACGUCCACACCAUCUUUGUGCACUACGACCCCGUGGAAGUGAAAAAUUUAACGGAAUUGGCUGUGACGCAGAAUCAGGUUUUCGGUCGCACUCUGCUGAAGGCGUACACCGUGACGGCGUCCUGCGCCCGGCAGAAGUUCGGUUCGUCCGUGAAGGAACUGCCGGAACCCGUGACCGUGCAGUGCAUUCAAUCGGACGGGAGGGACUACCACUUUUUCAUAUUUCAACUCAAUUCGCUGGACACCAAUGACGCUCGCGUCAAGAACUUCUGGUGUGCUCUGCCGCCGUUGACGCUCUACGAUAAAGCUGAAUACGAUAACGGCAGGCCAGUAGUCGAGGGAUACAAUCCGGAGGUAUUCAGAAGAAUACUCGCGUUUUACAGGAAUGGAAAUUAAACGAGGUCUGUUAAAUAAAAUCGUUAAUCGGAUCUUUCCGAACUUUUCUGCAAUGAA